AUGGGCAACUGCGUGUCCACCCAGGACCGCGAGGCGCAAAUGCGCUCGCAGGAGAUAGAUAAGCAGAUCGAGGAGGACUCGCGCAAGCUCAAGAAGGAGUGCAAGAUCCUCCUCCUCGGCUCUGGCGAGUCCGGCAAGAGUACCAUCGUGAAGCAAAUGAAGAUCAUUCAUCAGAAUGGCUACACCCCGGAGGAGCGCAACGCCUACCGCACCACCAUAUACAAGAAUCUCCUCGACUCCGCGCACCACAUCAUCCUCGCGAUGCGCAAGCUUGGCAUGGACUGCGCUGACCCCACAAAUCGGUCAAGAACGGAGAAGAUCCUGGACUACGUCGUAAAUCCUGCGCCGACUUUCUACUUCUCGGAGGAGAUGGCACGCGCAAUCUACGACCUGUGGAAGGACCCCAUCAUCCCCACGAUCAUGGAUCACAGCAGCGAGUUCUACUUGAUGGACAGCGCGAGCUACUUCUUCACCGAGGCGUUACGAAUAGGAACGCCGAAUUACAUCCCGACCGAGACAGAUGUACUACGAGCGCGAGCAACAAGUAGAGGCAUCUCGGAAACGAGAUUCUCGCUUGGCCCUCUAUCAAUACACAUGUUCGACGUGGGCGGACAGCGAUCAGAGCGGAAGAAGUGGAUACACUGCUUCGAGAGCGUGACAAGUAUAAUCUUCUGCACGGCGUUGAGCGAAUACGACCAGGUACUGCUGGAGGAUCGGAAUCAGAAACGAAUGCAGGAGUCCCUUAUCCUGUUCGAGAGCGUCAUCAACUCAAGAUGGUUCCUACGAACAUCGAUCAUCCUAUUCUUGAACAAGAUCGACGUCUUCAAGAGUAAGCUCCCGAAGGUGCCGCUGGAGAGGUACUUCCCGGAGUAUACCGGUGGUCCGGACAUCAACAAAGCGGCGAAGUACAUCCUGUGGAGGUUCAUGCAGGCGAACCGCGCACGAUUGAGUGUGUAUCCACAUCUAACACAGGCGACGGAUACUUCGAAUAUACGGCUAGUGUUCGCGGCAGUGAAGGAGACAAUAUUGCAGAAUGCGCUCAAAGAUUCUGGCAUUCUCUGA